AUGCCGUCCAAGAAGCUCCUGAUGCCCUCGCUGGCCGGGCUCUUCACGAGCCUGCUGUCCUCGCAAUCCGUUCUCGCCUAUCCCCAGCACCAGCACGAGUCGGCCGAGCCUCGCCUGGGCGCAGUCGCCUCCGAGUCUUCAGAAUGCAGCUCCAUCGGCACUGACCUGCUCAAGGCCGGCGGCACUGCUGCUGAUGCUCUUGUAGGCACUGUUCUGUGCGUCGGAGUCAUUGGAAUGUACCACUCUGGCAUUGGCGGCGGCGGCUUCAUGACAGUGCGCAGCUCCAACGGCUCCUAUGAGUUCAUCGACUUCCGAGAAACCGCUCCAGCCGCGGCUUUCGAGAGCAUGUACACCAACGACACCGACUUGUCUAUCUACGGUGGUUUGGCCAGCGGUGUCCCUGGCGAGCUGCGUGGCCUGGAAUACCUGCACAAUCACUACGGCAAGCUUCCGUGGAAGGAUCUCGUCAUGCCUGCCGUAAAGGUUGCGAGGCACGGAUUCCGCGUCUCCGAGGAUCUCGUCAAGUACAUGGACUCGGCGACUGCAGGGCAGGACGACUUUCUCGUCAACAACCCGACGUGGGCCAUCGACUUUGCUCCACACGGCUACCGCGUCAAGCUCAACGAGACCAUCACCCGCAAGCGCUAUGCUGAUACGCUGGAGGUCAUCGCCAACGAAGGCCCGGAUGCUUUCUACACGGGCGCCAUCGCGAAUGCCACUAUCGCUGCUCUGCAAGCCAACAACGGUACUAUGACGCUGGACGACCUUCAAAACUACACUGCUAGGAUCCGGGAUCCGGUUUCCAUCAAUUAUAGAGGGUACAAGUUGACCACCGGUGGUGCGCCGUCCGGUGGUAUAGUCGCUCUCUCCGCCCUCAAAAUAGUAGAAGGCUACAAAGAUUUCGGAAAUCCUGCAAACAUCAACCUUACGACUCACAGGUUGGACGAGGCAAUCAGAUUUGCUUAUGGCGAGAGAACGGAGCUUGGCGAUCCCGAUUUCGUCGAUGGCAUGGACGAGUACAUGCAGCAGAUGCUGAGCGAGAACACCACCUCGCAGAUCCGCAGCAGGAUCUCGGACUUCCACACGCAGAAUGUGUCUGCUUACAAUCCUGACGGGUUCGAGAGUCUGGAGACUCCCGGCACUUCCCACGUCGUCACAGCCGACAAGUCUGGAAUGGCUAUUUCUCUGACGACGACUAUCAACCUGCUCUUCGGUUCUCAGCUCAUGGUUCCGGAAACUGGUGUAAUCAUGAAUGAUGAGAUGAAUGACUUCUCAAUCCCCGGUGCAUCAAACGCCUUCGGCUACAUCCCUAGCCCGGCAAAUUAUGUCCGUCCCGGAAAGCGCCCCCUCUCCUCGAUUGCUCCCGUCAUUGUCGAGUACCCUAACGGCACUCUUUACAUCUCCGUCGGCGCAGCUGGUGGAUCUCGCAUCAUCACCUCUACUAUCCAGAACAUCCAUCACAUGCUGGAUGAGGGUAUGACUGCGCCCGAGGCGCUUGCUGAGCCCAGGCUUCACGACCAGCUCGUUCCGUAUUAUGUGAGCUUUGAGUACUCCUACGAUAACUCAACUGUCGAGUUCAUGAAGGAACGCGGCCACAACGUCACCUGGGUUAGCCCUGGGCAGAGCACUGCUCAAGCUUUGAGGCUUCUGGGCAACGGGACUUUUGAGGCUGCUGGCGAGCCGAGGCAGAAGAAUUCAGGUGGCUUCGCUGUAUAG